AUGGAGGAGGGGCUGCAGCACUCUCACUGCGUGAAUUGUGUCAGUAGACGGUGUAUGACCAGACCAGAGCCUGGGAUUUCCUGUGACUUGAUAGGUUGUCCAUUGGUUUGUGGAGCAGUUUUCCAUUCUUGUAAAGCUGAUGAGCAUCGACUUUUAUGUCCAUUGGAACGAGUGCCUUGCUUAAAUAGUGACUUUGGAUGUCCGUUUACAAUGGCUCGAAAUAAAGUUGCCGAACAUCUAGAAAUGUGUCCUGCAAGUGUGGUGUGCUGUACUAUGGAGUGGAACCGAUGGCCAGUUAGUUACGCAGACCGGAAAUCAUAUGAAAAUCUAAGCAGAGAUGUUGAUGAAGUGGCACAAUUAGAUAUGGCCUUGGCCCUUCAAGACCAAAGGAUGCUCUUAGAGUCUCUCAAAGUAGCCACCAUGAUGUCAAAAGCAACUGAUAAAAUAUCAGAACCUAGAGAACAGAUCUCAGUUAAAUCAAGUGUCCCAGAAAUACCACAUACUAAUGGUUUGGUGUCUGUUGAUGAAGACUCUUAUGGUGCACUUUAUCAAGCUACUGUUGAAACAACCAGAAGUUUGGCUGUUGCUUUAGAUAUCCUGAAUACCGCCACAAGAGACGUUGGCAUGUUAAGUACAAGUCUUUGUGCUUCCCCAAAGGAAAUGAAAGAAGAAGAAAAUGCCAGAGAAAGCUUACAGAACAGAAACUUGAAAGACCAGGACCAUCUUUGUGAGGAUGAGAUAGGAGCAGUAGGUGGGAUUGACCAUAAUGACACAAGUCAGAAUGCCCAGUCUGAACAAAAUGGUUCAAGUGAUUUAUUAUGUGACUUGGAUGCCAGUUCUUAUGGCACUUCUGCUCUUUGUAAUGGCUUUCCUUUGGAAAAUAUAUGUACACAGGUCGUUGAGCAGAAUCAGAAUUUACACAGUGACUCAAAACAAAGUAACUUAACAAAUAGAGAAUGUGUAGCAUCAGAUGGCCCUUCAGAACCUUCUAGUUCACUUUCAGUAGCAGCACAAGUUAGGGAAGUAAUACCAUCUAAUGCUUUGCCUAAUGGCACAGUUCAGCAUAUCCUCAUGCCAGAUGAUGAUGAAGACUUGUGUUGGAAAAAAGUAGACUUAGGGGACCUAAGGAAUGUGGAUGUCUUAUCUUUCAGUCAUCCUCCUUCAUUCAAAUUUCUUUCUAAUUCAUGUUGGUCUAAACCAAAGGAAGAUAAAGCAGUAGAUACAUCAGAUUUGGAAGUUGCAGAAGAUCCAAUGGGUCUCCAAGGAAUAGAUCUAAUCACAGCAGCAUUACUGUUUUGUCUAGGAGAUUCUCCAGGUGGGAGGGGUAUAUCUGAUAGUCGCAUGGUUGAUGUUUAUCACAUCGACUUUGGGACUCAGACUUUUUCACUUCCGUCUGCCAUAUUAGCUACAAAUACAAUGGUUGGGGAAAUAGCUUCAGCUUCAGCUUGUGAUCAUGCCAACCCACAGCUUUCAAAUCCAAGUCCUUUUCAGACACUUGGGCUGGAUUUAGUAUUGGAAUGUGUUGCUAGGUACCAACCCAAGCAGCGUCCAAUGUUUACAUUUGUUUGUGGACAGUUAUUUAGAAGAAAAGAAUUUUCAUCGCAUUUUAAGAAUGUGCAUGGUGACAUUCAUGCUGGACUCAAUGGCUGGAUGGAACAGAGGUGCCCCUUAGCAUAUUAUGGUUGUACCUAUUCUCAGCGUAGAUUUUGUCCAUCAACACAAGGAGCAAAGAUUAUACAUGACCGCCAUUUGAGGUCAUUUGGAGUUCAGCCAUCUGUAUCUACAGUGUUAGUGGAGCCUGCUAGAAACUGUGUGUUGGGAUUACAUAGUGACCAUCUAAGUGGUCUUCCUUUUGAAGUCCUGCAACAUAUCGCAGGCUUUCUUGAUGGCUUCAGUUUAUGCCAGCUCUCAUGUGUAUCCAAGCUAAUGAGGGAUGUGUGUGGCAGUCUUCUUCAGUCUCGUGGAAUGGUCGUACUGCAGUGGGGGAAAAGGAAGUAUCCAGAAGGAAGUUCAUCAUGGCAGAUAAAAGAAAAGGUAUGGCGAUUCAGUACUGCAUUUUGUUCUGUCAACGAAUGGAAAUUUGCCGACAUCCUAAGCAUGGCUGACCACUUGAAGAAAUGCAGUUACAAUAUUGUAGAGAAACGGGAGGAAGCAAUCCCAUUGCCGUGUAUGUGUGUGACACGAGAACUCACUAAAGAAGGACGUUCACUUCGCUCAGUUUUAAAACCUGUACUUUAAGUACUAUAAUUCCACUUGCACAUACAUGCAAGCACCUAGUAUAAUUUCUUGGUAAUAUGUGACACUUUAUUAAUGUAUUAAAGAUUACAGCUAGCUAAAUUCAUUGUCACUAUGUAUAUAAUGUUUUGAAGUGACCUAUAUUUUUAUAAAGUACUGUUUAGUUGGAAAAAAUUUGCCUUAAUGUUUGAAAUGUGUGAAUUUUUUGGAACUUGCUGGACAGGGUGAUUUAGUUUUUAGCUACAUAAUUUUCAGAAUUAGUAUUUUUAGUGGUGUGCAUAUUUUGGUUCUUACAUAUUUUGCUUCUUAAAUAACAAGAUCCUGACCAAACAAUUUAUUCCUCAUUUUCCAUGGGUUAUAACCUAUGCAUUCAAAAAUCAAAACUUUGAUUCUAAUUUUUACAUCAUAGGCUUUUCAGAUUCAGAAAACAUUCAAUUGCUUAAACACUGCAUAAGACCAUUAUAAAGUUUUUUCUAGUUCUCCCCUUACAUAAUUGUUGAUAAUAUAGAUGAUCUCUAAUAUAUACAUAAUAUUUAAAAUCAUGAGUAAUGUUGAUAAUGCCAUUUAUCAUGUUUUAAAAAUAGUCCACAAAAAUGUUUUCACCUUACAUAUUUACAACUCUCAUACAGAGAGUUGACCAUAUGCAGCUUUUUUUGGUUAAAUGCCACAUCCAGAGACUCAUGGCAGUGUGUUAUGUGACAGGUUAAAGCAAAAUCAACAAAAGAACCCUGUGAA